CAAUAAGUGAGUCUCCGGUCUAAAUUAAUUAAUUAAGGAGAAACAAGACAUACGUUGCUGUCCCACGUUGUUCUUUUGUUUACGUAUUAUAUACUCUCUCUCUCUCUCCUCCUUCGUCGACGACCACCGGAGAUCAGAGUCACCGUACCAAAACUUCAUUUGCCUUCAUAAAGAUUUGUUUUUUUUAAUCAAUUGAUUGAAUCGGAAUAAAUAUCUCAGCAGAAAUGAGUAACGAGCUUCUCACCAUCGAUCCCGUUGACCUUCAAUUCCCUUUUGAAUUGAAGAAGCAGAUCUCUUGUUCUCUCUAUUUGGGUAACAAGACCGAUAAUUAUGUCGCCUUCAAGGUUAAGACGACGAAUCCAAAGAAGUAUUGCGUUAGGCCUAAUACUGGUGUUGUUCAUCCCAGAUCCUCUUCUGAAGUUUUAGUGACCAUGCAAGCUCAAAAGGAAGCUCCCGCUGAUAUGCAGUGUAAAGAUAAGUUCUUGCUUCAAUGUGUAGUAGCUAGUCCUGGAGCCACCCCCAAGGAUGUUACUCAUGAGAUGUUUAGCAAAGAGGCAGGGCAUCGAGUCGAAGAGACUAAAUUGAGAGUUAUCUAUGUUGCUCCACCACGACCACCAUCACCGGUUCGAGAAGGAUCUGAAGAGGGCUCUUCACCAAGGGCUUCUGUCUCUGAUAAUGGGAAUGCUUCUGAUUUUACUGCUGCUCCAAGAUUUAGCGCGGACAGGGUUGAUGCUCAGGAUAACUCAUCUGAGGCAAGAGCAUUGGUCACAAGACUCACCGAGGAAAAGAACUCUGCGGUUCAACUGAACAACAGGCUUCAACAAGAAUUGGACCAGUUGAAGCGUGAAAGCAAGAGAAGUCAGAGUGGUGGAAUCCCGUUCAUGUACGUUCUUCUGGUCGGACUAAUCGGUUUAAUCUUGGGAUACAUUAUGAAGAGGACAUGAUCUGCUCGCUUCAACAAAAUACUCCACAAGUCUCAAAAGUGCUUUAAAAGCAUUGAAAAAGAAAGAAAAUCAAAUUGUGUGAGGAGGACAAUCUUCUCUUCUACCUUAUCAUCGUCAUGCACCUUCGGUUAAAAUUCUGAACUUAGUGCGUUAGAGCAUUUGUAUUACGGUUUCCAUAAGACUUAGAAUUUUCACAAAAUCUCCUUUUUCAUCUCUCUUUUUACAACUUUGUGUAGACCAAAGACUUUUGUGUCCUUUAUCUUCUCUCCACUAACUUUUUCUCUC